CGCAGGUGAGCUUUGGCCUGUGAGCAGCAGUAGCCAGUCGGUACAGUCGCGUACUCUCGCAGUCUCGUCACUAGUCGUGGGGGUCUCCCAGAGUGGAACAGCAUCGGCACUGACGUCCGCAGUCGCGAGUAUUGCUAUCACCCAUCAAACGAACGGGUACCACAGACUCCCCAGUAACGACCAGUGAUAUCUUCAAGAAAGUGAAUGCAAUAGAAUGGCUUACUAUUACUAUUAUCAAACACCACCUGAUCCACUAUCACCUGUAACAACCACAGAAGAAUUAUCACCACCACAGCCACCUUUAUUAAUGCUAUCUUCUCCACCGCAACAACAGCAAUUGAAUAUACCACUUCUCACACCGAUUCAUCAAUCGGUAACAACAUCAAUGCCAAUGAUGACGAAGACUUCUACUACUAAUGCUAUAGAAAAUAAUGAACAGCAGCAGCUACCCACACCAAAUACAUUCAUUAGGCAUUGCGAUGACAUGGGUUUAUUUCAUGAUUUACAAAACAUUGUAGUUAUGUCCUCAUUAACUGGACCAUCAGGUGAUACAACUAUUACUACAGUCCCUGCUUCUAAUGCUGCUACAAUAGUCACCACAGAAACAUCAACAGGACAACCUAUUUCUUCAAAUUUAUUUGACUCAUCGUCAACAGCAAUUGUGACAACCAUGAUGAUGGCCAAUCCUUUUGAUGAAACAUUUAAACAAGCAGUAUUACAACAACAAAAAAAUGAAGCUAAUCCGCCAGAAAAUAUUUUCAAUCACAACAAUAACAAUGAUGGUGAUUUAAACACCCCAUUCAUAGCAACAACCACUGUUGUUAACACGUUGAAUAACAAUACUAGUUUGAAAACUUCAACGUCAAUGGAUAUGAUAUCUACAACUGCAGCAAUUGAAUCUAAUAAGAUGAAUUCAACAACUGUGCCUCAAUCGCAACAGCAGAAUAUAUACAUAACGUCAACAGCAGAAGCACCGACUAGGGGUGUAUUAGUUAUGAUGGUAGAGCAUCCACAACAUCAACAGCAUAAUUCAUCUCUCCCUUUACGACCUGAACAUCAACAACACCAACAAAUUAUCGAACAGCAUCAGUUCAUUGUUCCAACAACUACAACCACUACUAGUGUCAUUGAUACAACAACAAUAACACACCAUGAUCAAGAAUUGUAUGAUGAAGAAGUCGAUGAUGAAAAUGGUGGUAUAAUUAUCAAUGUUAGAAAUGAUACAACUACAAUUAAACAGGCUCUAAAACAGAAUCUAUUGGUGAAGCAACUGCUACAGGAGCGCCAGAAAUCUCCACUCAUAUCUGAAAGCGAUCACAAGCUCGGUCAACUACUGCAGCAUCAGAAUAACGACAAUGACAUUGAUUUUGUUGUCACAGAUACCGCCGAUAGACUAGAACAUGAAGACUAUAAUAGUAGUAAUGGUCAGGAUGACGAAGACCACAACAGUCGAAAGCAACAACUGAAACAGAAACGAAAACAAGAAAUGUUAGAAAGGAACAGGACAGCCGCCAAACGCUGUAGAAUAAAGCGAAAGCAGAGGUGGGAUCUGCUUUCAGAAGAGAAUCGAAAGCUAAAAAUCGAAAACGGCCGACUGCGUGAAGCGCUUUCAAAACUUGUGAGCCAUAGAUGCAGUAACUUACAGCAACAUCAAAUAGAACAGCCAGAGAUAAUACAAGAAAUAUUUAAUAAUAGUGAUGAUGUUUAAAACCAUGAUAGGUUGUUGCACUAAUAUUGGUGCUUAAACAAGUAAUAUUUACCUAUUAUAAUAUUAUUACUAGGGCUCCGAAGUUGUAAAAGUUACAUAAUAUUUUUCUUUACUCUUGAUUUAUAAAAGAUCAAGCUAGUAACCCAUUUUAUGCAAUUGUGAGAUUAUUAACAACAAUUUUGAAUGUAUGCUAUUUAAUAUCUAUUCAAUUUUCUUUUAUCAGUUUAUGUAUUUUAUAGUUUAUUAUUUAACAUAGGUAUUUUAAUUUUCUAAAGAUUUGUACAAAAUAGUAAAAAACAAUUUGUUCCAGUAUGUUAACGCUGUUAAUGCCAUAUUUUUGUUAUACAUUUAUACGCUUCAAUAACAUUUUUUUAGCAACUAGCUUUUGAUUAC